AUGAGUGAAAGUAAUUACGUUUUUAGACGGGUAAAGUUACCAGCAAGGGGGGAUAAACUUAGUUCUCCUUUUCAAAAAUUUGAUACCUCUGUACCAAAGAAGCAAUUAACUGUUGUUGGAAAACAGACUGGAUUAAAUAAAAAUAUUAAAACAAAAGGUGGUAUUACUGCAGCAGAUCUUCAAAGUGCAAAAUUAUCUGCGUUGCCACCAACAAAUUAUAUUGAUGAAAAAUUUAAAGAGAUUUCAGCAUUAUUUGAUAUUUCACCAAAUGAAUCAAAUGAAUUAUCGUAUGAAACUAAAUGGUUACUUCUUCAAAGACACAGUCCUGAUGCUUCUCAAAGUAAAUUAAGAAAUGCUACGUUUGCAGUUUCUUCUUUAAGAUGUGAACCAACACCAACAUUGAUUGAAUCAAUUAUUGUUUUUUUAAAAAAUGAAAAAUGGUCAUCACAGUUUAUUGAAGCAGAUGGAGUAGAAGCAUUAAUUGACGCAUUAACUUCUUCAAUGAAUGGUUCAGAAAAAAAGAAUGGAGCUGAAGUAUCAAGAAAUUGUCUUAGAGCAUUAAGAGCUAUUGCACCUAUAGCAGAAGACAGAGUAGUUAAAUCAACAGUAUGUGAUUUAUUAAUGAAAUGUUUGACAGUUAAUGUAGCAGAUGAAAGAAUUAGAACUGAAGCCACUAUGUUAUUAUGUUUAAUUUCUAAUAAGAAGAAAGGAAGUGAGGAAGUUUUAGCUGCAAUUGAUAAGGUUAAAGGUAAAGAAGGCCGAUUUAAAAUUCUUGUAGAGUUAUUUGGAAAGACUGAUGAUAGUGAAUUAAAAGCAACUAUUGUAGCUAUGUUUUCAUAUUUAACAAAUAAUGCUGAUGAUAUUUUUACUCGUAUCUCAAGACGAGCAGAAUUAACAUUAAGUGGGUUUGAUGAAAAGUGUAAUGGAGAAAAGUCUAAAGCAUCACUUGCAAUGAGCAAAGAUGUUUCUGAUAUUUUAAACCAAAUUGGAAUAUAUGAAAAGUUAAGAGGAGAAGAUGAUGCUAAAAUGAAAGAAAGAUUUAAAGAUAUUCCAAUGUUAAGUGUAGAACAUACUGAUGAAAAACUUAGAGGAGUAUUAGAACAAGCAAGAGCAGAAAUCUAUUAUGUUCAGAUGUUAAAAGAAAUUGAAUUUCUUGUUGGAACUGAUUACACAAAAAAUAAAAAUGAAACUAUCUUGCAACAAAAAUUAGUUGUAGCUACUAGAUUUAUUAGACAACUUGGUCUUUAUUCAUAUGAAAAUGACCAACAUAAUACCAUUGAGUUUAAUGAACAUUCAAUAGAUAUUAAUUCUUUAGUUUCAGGAGCUGCAGAUUGUCUUGGAAUGGCAAAGUUAUUGGAAGAAAACGCUACACUAAAAUUAAGUGGAGGAGUAAAGAAGACAAAAAUUGAUGACGAAGAGAAAGAGAAAUUAAUUCAACAAAAAAUGGAAGAAAUGAAAAAACAAUCUUCCUUGAUUGCUGCAAAUGAAGAGAAGGUGACAUUAAAAUUAAAAGAAGUAGAAGAAAAAGAAAAAAAAAUCGCCUUGUUAGAGUCAAGUCAAGCUGCUUUAGACGGAUUGAAAAUCAAGUAUGAUGAGCUUAACGUACAACACAAUAACACAAUGGAAGUCAUGAAAAUUCUUACUAAAAAUCCUAAAUUAGUUGAUCAUUUAAAGGCUGUAGGUGGUGUAUUUGCUUUUAGUGAAACUGCAGUUCAAAUAGCUGAUAAGAGUCAAGAAGAAGUUGUUAACAAAGAAGAUUUAGACAGAUUAAAGGAUGCUGUUCUUAAGUUGUCCCCAAAAGGUGUUGUACCACCUCCUUCUAAUACAGCAACUGCACCCCCACCACCACCUCCUGGAGCAAGUUCAGUUCCCCCACCACCACCUCCUCCUGGAGCAAGUUCAGUUCCCCCACCACCACCUCCUCCUGGAGCAAGUUCAGUUCCUCCCCCACCACCUCCUCCUGGAAUGCCAGGAAUGCCUCCCCCACCACCUCCUCCUGGAAUGCCGGGUAUGCCUCCCCCACCACCACUCCCUGGAAUGCCAGGUAUGCCACCUCCUCCUCCUGGUAUGCCAGGUAUGCCACCUCCACCUCCUGGAUUUGGAUUUAGACCACCUGGAGCACCAGCACUUAAAGUUCAAACGACAUUAAGUAAAUUAAAACAACCAAAGAACAAGUUAAAGGCUGUUCAAUGGCAAAAAAUCCCAGAAAGACAAUUAACUAAUACAAUAUUUAGUAAAAUGGAAGGGGAUGUUGCUGUUAGUGAAUGUUUUGAUGACUUAGAGGAAAUGUUUAAACAAAAAGAAGUUGUAGUAAAAAAAGAAGAUACAAGUAAGUCAAAUAAAAUUCAAUACGUUGGUAUAUUUGAUGGAAAAAAAUCACAAAACAUUAAUAUUAUGUUGAACAAAUUUAAAGGAGUGUCUGUGGAAACCAUAAUUGAUAACAUCAAUGCACUAGACAUGACUCUAUUUGAUGAAGUUUCUUUAAUAGAAGGUCUCAAAAAUGCACUUCCAGUUGCGUCAUCAGACAAAGAUGAGCCUGGGCUCUUAAAAGAUUAUUAUGAACACCCUGAAAAGUAUGUUGGAAAACAAUUAGAUCCGUCUGAAAUAUUCUCAUAUAAAUUAAGUCAAUGUUCUAAUGCAGAGAAGAAAUUAGAUGUUAUGAUGAAAUUGCUUCAAUUCCCAAGUAAAUUUGAUGACUGUUCUCGAAACGUAAAAACAUUAUUAACCGCAUCAACACAAUUAUGUGAAAGUAAGUCAUUCUUAAAAUUACUUGAAGUAAUUUUAAUUAUUGGUAAUUAUAUGAAUAAAGCAAGUAAAAAGCCAAUUACUUGUGGUUUUAAAAUGAGUGUUUUAGGGAAGUUAGCAGAUACAAAGUCUAAUGACAACCAAAAGAAUUUAGUUUAUUUCUUAUGUAAAUAUAUCCAUGAGAAGCAUCCAGAUUUAUCUCAUUGGAUGGAGGAAGUUGAAGCUGUUGUACCAGCAGUACGUGUUAUGGGAAGUGAAGUUGAGUCAACAUUUGCCGAAUUAAAGAAAACAGUUGCAGGAUUUGAUUCAACUAUUGCUCAAUUACAAAAAACACCAGGAAACGAAGGAUUUGUUGCAGAAUUAUCACAACUUAAUUCAGGGUAUUCGACUAAUAUGUUAGUCCUUGAAAAUGAUAAAAAGAAAUAUGAUGUUCAAUAUUCAAAAGUGUGCCAAUUAUAUGGUGAAGAUACAAGUAAAUUGCCUAAAAGUGAAGAUUUCUUUAAGAAUUUUAAAGACUUUUAUGAAAGUUAUGAAAAAGCAGAGCAAAUGUACCAAGAUGAUAAAGCAAAAGCUGAGAAAGAAGCAAAGAAAGAAGCAGAAAAGAAAAGAAAAAUGGAAGAACAAGAAAGAAAAGCCAAAGAACGUGAGGCAAAGAAAAAACAACAAGAGGCUAUGGUUGAAGGUAUGGCAGAAGAUAUGAUUAAACCAAUAAAGAAGGUUAAGAAAGUAAAAAAAUCUAGAAAAGAAACUAUGGAAGUUGAUUUUGAAAAAGAUUUGGCUGAAGAACUUAAGUUAGCUCAAGACAAACCUGAAGAUGAACCUGUUAAGAAAGUUAGAAAAAUUGUUAAACGUAAAGUUCAUAAGAAAGCUACUGUGGCUACCGAAGAAAAUUGA